CAUGGCGCACACGUCGUCCGCAAGCAAGACAGCGCGUCUGAGCCUACGAAGCAAUGGGCACCAAGUCGACACGGACGCCAUGGACGACCGGUCUUCUUCACCGGAUCAAGAAUCGUAUUCCUGCUCGAGAUACGAGAAGCCUUCCAGGAGUUCGAGGAAGUUGGACACUGACGGCAAUGGCGAGGAGACGGACAAGCGGAAACGGCCCAUGCGCUUCUCCGGGCAGCACGACAUCCGUCUGCUGGAGGAAGUCGUGAGCCUGAACCCGUUCAAGGACACGCCACCCACCACCACGUGGGCGUCAAUCUCCAAGAACCUCGGCCACCUGUUCUCGAUCAGCUCGAGGCGAUGCCGGGAACGCACUAUACUGCUGCUGGACCAGUUCAUCAAGGGCGACUACCCGAGCCUGCAGCGGUUCUGCACAAAAGAGGAGUUUGCAGUCAAGGAGCAGCUGCUUCAGCAGGUGCUCCAGCAAUACGAGGACGGCGCAGGUGGAUACAGCUCUCGCAUAGGCGGCGGCUUUGUCACGGCCGCUGCAUCGGUCGCGGAGGACGAAGAGGAUGAUGACGACUUUGACCCUGACAAGAUCCGGCCCCGCGUCAUUCUGCACGAGGGCUCAACGCCUGAGCCGUACACCACUCGACAAGACAGCGACGAGCGCGAAAUGAACGGCACGUCGACGAAGGAGCAGACCUCUUCCACGUCAGCGCCUCCGGGCAAACGACCGCGGCUCGCCGGCGGCCCGUCGCCCUUCGCCGGCAACGGCGGCCUGGCGGACGACGACGGAGGCCUCGAGGAGUUUGCCGUGUCCUCCGCCUUGGGCGACGCCGCGAAGAGCGCCGACUUCCCGAACCAGGUGGUCUCAUACCUGGUGACGCGUCAGGCCAAGGAGAUGCGCGUGCGCGAGAAGGAGCUCAAGCUGCGCCGCGAGGAGCUCGAACUGGAGCGUGCCAAGCUGAAGCUCCAGGAGGACCGGUUGGCCCUCGAGAAAGCACGCUUCGAGAUUGAGCGCCAGGAACGCGAGCUGCGGCUCCGCUCAGAGAGGCAGGAGCGGACGCUCUUCAUGGAGGUGCUCAAGAGGGUGGUCAGCUCGGGUCUGACGGACUCCUAGCGUGCCUUCCAUCAGCCCCGCGCAGGGAAGCCUGUCUCUGCAAACUUAUGCUUCCUCACUUUUUCUUGCAAGUGUUCAUGCGUUUUAAACACAACACCGCCACCUGCUGUGGUUGCGUUCGACUCCAUCAGUUUGCAUUGCUGCAAAGGGAACAAGCAUACAAAGUGCGCUUUGUGCGUGCAGCCUGAUUAACACAGCACUGAAGUGAUAAAAAGCAAAAAGUGACAUUGUUAGUGCCACGUGACGAUAACCUGUCAUUGGCAUUUGGUACCUGAAUCAUUUUAGGAAGGACCCUGAAGUUAAUGCAACAGAAUGUGUAGGCUGUGUGUAAAAUGGCUAUGCUUCUUUCUUGCGAGUCAAAGCCACUUGGCAUGCAACGCACCAUUUUGCUGCGAUAUGCAGGAUGCAGAUGUACAUAAAAUAAUAGGUGUCGAAGAUCUUUGGAUUGUUUGUUGGACUAACUGAACACAAGAUUCGCAGCACAGCUUUAUGUAUCACCUUUAGAGGAUGCACAUUUGUAAGGAGCUGCACAGGGGAGAUUAACUUCUUUGAAUGCAAAGCUGCCCUAUUAGACUAUCCUGCAUUGCUCACAUUACAGGGCUGAUAAUGUAAUUGCUUCUGUUGAGUUAUUCAUGAGAAGUAUGACAGACAUUGUAACUUGUGCACUUUUUCUUCCCUAUGACAUUUUAUUUACGACUUAGCAAUAGCUCAACAGAGCAAAAUGUUGGCCUUGCUGGUGUUUCAUGGUUGUAUGUAUAGUCACAGUACAGGAACGCAGCAAAAACAGGAGCAGGUCCUUUGUUGUACUUAUAAUCAUAAAGAAAUUGUCCUAGUUUGCUGCCAGGCACUGUCUUUGAACAGUCCACACCUAGAACAAUGUGUUCAUCUUCCUCCUGCUGUACUUAUUUUCGGGCUCCUCCUUUGAAAAAGCCUUGUUUGUUUAUGUGUGUGCAAAUUUAAUGUGUCUUUGUGAAUGUGGUAUUCAUGUAAUGAUAACACUCGCAUUCUGUACGCUACAGUGUUCUGGUGGUUCGUCAGGUGCAACGACUUUUGACACUGACUAGUCUUGUUUCCUAGCACCACCGAUGCAGGUGCACAUGAAGAAAUAAUGACAGAAGGUUGAUUACAAUUUCAGUGCUGUCAUAUUUUCACAUUGCCGUGACAUCUUCUCACAUGUGCUUACAUAUGUGGGAGCACACUAAAAAAAAAUGCACCCCAUUUCGAUCUUCAUUUCACCCUUAAUAUAAGGCGCUUGUGAUAGCAUGCUAAUAUUCAGUAACCUAGUACAGUAGUGUUAAGACAAGCUUCAAGGGACCAUACAAAAACGUCAUUGAAAUUCGGUAAAUAAAUUCGGUUUACAAUAUGACGUAUUCUAUUUUACACCCAAAUAUUUACAGCACAGUUAAACAGCAAUAAAAUAAAAAAGCAGAUUUUAAAGUGAGACAUUUAUGGGUUUGCUUGACAGAAAGUAUUAUUUUAUGCAGUCUUAGCAUUUGAGCAAGUCAUGCUUGUUAGCACUACAUCUCUGCAUGCUGUCGCCGAGUCUGAAAGUUCAUCUAGUGAACUCGGUAAGACUUCGGUCUCGUAACACUGUUGAAGGAAUGCAGCAAAGUAUCUAAGAGCAUUAAGUGUAGGCACACUAGUGAUCCUUGCGACUCCUGGGCAACGUCUCGGCUUUAGUAAUGAGCCUACUGAGAGAAAUAUAGAAGGUGCUCAAUGUUUUUAUAGGGUGAGACUUGAGCGUUUGUAUGUUUUUAAAAUUGAUUCUUCUCUUACGUUCUCUCUCGUGUGUUACAACCCCAACCUCAAAAACUGCCGGUAUUGGCCUCCUGCAGAGCAAAUAUAUAUGUACGAUGUUAGCAGAAAAAGUUCGAAAACUUCUUCUGACCAUGAAUUUGUUUACCCAUUUGUACAUUAGUUUUUCUGAUGUUAUUAAGCCAAUCUAUCGAUGCCGUAUUUGCUCUGGUUGUCUUUAAGAAAUUUUUGAAAGCUAAGCAAACUAUUUCUCAAAGGGUAAGGAACAUCUUCAAGGGUGGAUAGGCUCAUCGCAUCUGAAUACAUGCUCCGAAGUGUAAUGUAUUCCAAGUAUGCUGUCUGAACGAAAAGUAAGUUUGUAUAAGGAAACAUGCUUAUCGCUCAACUUUCAGGUCUGUUUCCUGGGACCAUAGCCUUAUCAAAAAGAAGCAUGAUAACACAAACAAAUAUAUGUAGUAUGUUACUGCCUUAUUUUGUUGGCAGAAAUAGGCUACAUUUGAAUUGAUGAUACAUAUCAUGUAAAUAAGCAUUGAACCUGGUGCAUACCACAUUUGAAUAUUUAGAUGCAUAAGCUUUCUGCAGUGAGGAAGCAAUCUCUCUCAGGUGUAUGAAAAUUUCAAUACUGCAUGCUUUAAAAGAUGCUUUCAUGGUGUUUCAUGCGUAAAUCACGCACACAACCCUAUGUUCAUUCAAUAGCACAAGAGGGAAUGAAAAUUCAAGCUUGAGUGAGAAUAAUAGAAAACUGGACUUGUAAAAUGGAUGGUGGACAGCAUAGUUUUUUUGUAGUAGGUGUAAAAAUGCGAGCAAGAACAUUGCCAUCGUAAGGUGAUGUAAAAUGAAACCAUUGCACAGAAUGUGUCCCAUGUAUUGGACCAAUGUUUUUGACGUUGCUUUCAUCAUUUCAAAGAAAUGCAAACCCAGAUGUCGGAGACAAAAGUUACAAAGAAAAUAUCACAGCUAGGUUCUAAAUAAGUAUUGGCUUUUUCAUUAAACUUGUCGGUCGCGAUUAUUCCUACUAAGCAUGCAUCUGGUAUCCAGGCAUUGUCAAUAGAAUACUAUUAGAUUGUUUAGUAGAUGUCCUUCAAUGAUGCUGUAAUUGGAAAGUGGCUUUGCCAAAAUUGUAGCUAUGGCACAGUGUACGCUGUUGUGAUGCAGAAGAUUCCCUGCAUUGCGGGAGGUACUAGAAGGGUGUCUGGUCCUCCGCCCUUGAUGUUUACGCACUUCCCCUCCACUUCCACUUAACUUUAGCUCACCCCACUGCCCCUCUCUCAGUAAAAUAUUGUAUCCUCCAUUACCCCACAUCGCAACUCGCACAAUAGUAUGCUAACAGCUGAUCUCGACAUGAAAAGCACACGCCAGUGCUUUUUCAUGCAACAGUCUACCUUUAAAAAAAGCUAUGUGAGCAUUCAUUGGCGCAUGUAAUUGCUUGCCAGGUGGACCCUUGUGGCGUAGUGUGCGUGAAUCGUAUUUCAUUAGGAUCCCCAUUAUGUGCGCCAUUUUUUUUUGCACCAUAGCUCUCCUAUCGUUCAUUUGACACUGAAACCUCUAGCCGUAUUUAGUGCUUGAAUAAAGGCAUGACAGAAGUGUGGUCUCCUUUUCUUAACCUGCUUACCAUCAGACGCAUUUUUAGCAGCACAGUGAUAAGGGAAGAAUGUACUGAACAAGUUGCUAAGGGUGUUCGUUUACGACGUGUGAUGAGAAUUUUUUCGUUGUUGGUGACCUAGUUAUACUUAAGGUGUUGAACUGUCGGCGAGUGCCACAUGGCGAGUGCCUGUCACAAAACGCUUGAAAACAUGGUAAGUCUUGUCGCCCUAACAUGUGAAUCGAUUUAUUUGAUGUUGAUAUAAAAUCUUAGAACUCUCCUUGAUAACUUUUUUGACAUUUGAUCGUAAAAUGAAAAUUACACCAAGUGUGCCAAUCUGAAAUUACCCACCCAUGAUGACAUGUACCUAAGACCGGAGCACUUGGUUCUGUUAGGAGUGCAGCACUUUGACUGAUUUUGUACAUUCUAUUAUGCAUAUUCUUCCAUUCAUUGUUAUAUUUUUUUGUCCAUUUAUGCAUACAUCAUAUUGCAAAUCAAAAUCACAUUCAUUGAGCUACUGAGCGAUGUGAAGUUUUGCGCGUGGAGCUAUAAUUUUGCAGCAAGCAGACGCCUACGGACAGUCCUAGCGGACGGAAGUCGCAUCUUUUUGUCCCCAAAGGAAGGUUUUCUUGUAAACUGCAUAAAACAUAGCAAGUGUUAAUACGAAAAUAGAAGUUGGGGCAGUGAACUGGUUUUCCAUCGGCCGUGCUCGCAUGUUGCUGAACAUGCAGGACUCCGUGUUUCGAUUUUCCCGCCACGUCCUUUGUUUCGCCUCAAAUGGUGAAUAGCUGUUCAUGACGCUGGUUGAAAACGUUCAGCGUAUAACUUUCUUGCGUUCCUGACUGCUUUGCCGCUCUUUUCGUGUCUUCCUGUGUAGAUUAUAUAUACUAUGACCUAAGUGCGCAUUUAAUUGUCCUAUGAACCAUGUUUACAUUAAUGCCUAUUAACUUGUCAGCACCAUAGCUUUGUGGGAUAGCUUUUGAGUGCAGAGCACUCGCACUCAUCCUUUGAUGUUAUACGACAGCAUUGUGCUUUGAUAAAUAUACAGUGCUAGAGAACACACUGCAGACUUGUGUGAUUCUGUGUUGUCUAUAGUGUGCGUUCGCUAGUUCAAGUUGGUACCAACUUAUCUCCCCCCUCCCCUAGAUGUAUUAAUUUAUGUGCCUCUUGUUCCUCCAAUAGCACUGAUGAAAAUAGGCUUGAUAGUGUAUCAUUGACGUUACUUGACUGUGCUGCCCGGAAUAGAAUGCGCACUAGCAUAUUAAUGGAUAGGCGGACGGAUGCAAUAGCUUUCUGGAAGGUACAUAUGCAAAUCACAUUUCGUAAAUCUCAAUCGUUCGUUGCACCCCAUACAGGUUUUGCACUGGCCUUACUUUUAAUUGCCGUUUGUGAAUAAGAAUUGAUAUGAUGAAAUUGUUGUCGUUGCAUUCUUUAUUACACUGAACAGAUCCGUGCGCUCCUUCUUAUUACUUUCUUUUCUGUUUCUCUCUCUCUUUUUUUUCCUACAUGGUUACCAUAGUUUCAGGAGUUGUGUGUCUGCGAUGUGCACAUCUGCGUCGAGGAUCCAAUAUCCUCAACUUGCAGCGUCUUUAUCCGGCUUUAUUGAUUUAUUUGGGCUGUCACAAAGCAACACUAAAUAGGACAAUUCGCAUGACAACUUGCCACGUACAUUGUCUAGGGUAUCACGGCGAGUUCUGCAUUCCAGCAUUGAUGAUGCUAUCCUAUCUGGUAUUGUGGCUGUUUAGUGAGCUGUCCACUGUGAGUCUUUGAACUUCCACAAAAUCUGCUAUUGCUCUUGAGACUGACGAAAACUACUUGGGUCUGCAUGAUUGUUUCUGAUGCUGUUUGCAUAACUUACCACGCCAAAGUUAGUACAGCUUGGUCACCGAAUCUAUUAGUACGCUGAACAUAGGGACUCGGUUCAAAAAAAAAAUUGAAAGACACCAAAAAGAACCGGGCGAUGCGAGCUCUACACAAUGCGUAACAAAAUAUGUUCUUAAUUAACGAGCCGGGCAGUUGCGAUCUAACUGCUUUCUCGUGCCUGAUUAAUUUCUCAAAUAACGCCGUUAACGUUCAGGGGAUGGUGGAAUACUGGCGACAUCAAUGAUUUUUAAACAGUUAGUGUCGCCUUUUCGAGUACUUUAAUCGGGGAUAAUGUUGUUAUAAUCUUAACUGCAAAAAAGAUACUGCUGUUGUAGUGAUUUUUGAGCUGCGCAAAUUACUUCAGCACGUUUUUUUUACCCAUUCUGUUGCUUUUAGUUUGAACCUAUAAUUCUAAAUGUUAGCUUAACAGGUCAUCGACUCUUCUUUCCAAUAAGGCUGCAGCGUGGCCCAAGUGUGCUCAUAUGGGCUGACUGGUGGUGUGAGCUCGAGAACCAUGUGCUUAUCGUGUCCAUUGGAGCCGAUCGAGUGUCUUGUAAAUAUUGUGAAAAGUUAUCGAUCUGUAUUGAAGGGCAUUGCUCUUUGUCUCUGUUUUGUUUGAAUUCGUGCACUUGUGGUUGUGUAUUUCGUUCUCCAUGCCAAAGCUUGUAUUAAUUUAAAGAGCGCUUAUUGUGCUCUAUCAUUCCUUUGUGAUAUCAAUAAAGUGUAUUUAUUGACUACA